UGUAUAUUGUCUUAAACUGAAUUUAUCUAUCUUUUGAAAGUGUAGUAUAAAUUCGAUCCAAAUUCUUAAUUUUUUCAAACAUACAAUUCCUAAUAUAAAGUUAUUUGUGAUAAAAACAUGUCCAUGAGUAUGAGCUCGUUGUUCAUUGUAACAAAACCAUCGAUUUGCAUUAAUCAUGUUAUUAGUGCAAAUUUAAACAGGCAAUCAUUUUUGGCUUCAAGGACAAAAUUUCAUCAUAAUCUUAGCUCCUCAAGUAAAGGUAAAAGGAUGCCUAUGUUGACUGUUAGAAGCAAUAUUGAUCCACCACCCAAUGGUUUGAGUCCCUCUCUUGGUGGUUUUGUUAAGAAAGUUAAAAGCCAAAUAACAGACGUUAUUAAAGCAUUUUUGCAAUCACUAUUGAGGUUCUUAUGGAACAAGUGGGGGCCAAUGCUCAUAAACAUAUUGAUGAAAAUUAAAAGAGAUCAAGAGUUACAGAUGGUAGAAAAUGUGGAGGGGGGAUUUGAAAAGAUAACAGACGGGGCGGAACACAUGGCCGAAGACAUUGUCACGGGAAAGGAAUUGAAAAAGGCGGUAGGCGGGGUGGAACACAUGGCUGAAGAUAUUGUCGUCGAGGCGGAGGGAUUGGAAAAGAUGGCUGAUGGGGUGGAACACAAGGCUGAGGAUGUUGUCAAGAAUUUUCCAGGAAAAUCACUUAAAGGGGCUGCUAAUUUCAUUGAAAAUGCAACGGAGAAGAUUAAAGAUAUAGAAGAUGAAGCAAGCAAAAAAAUUGAAGAAAACAAAAAUAAUGCAAAGUGUUGGGAAACAUUUUUUUCUUGCCCUAUAUCUCGUUUUUUCAAAUUUUAAAGAGUACAUUUAUAGAUUUUAACUAAUAAAUAUAUACCCUUUUCUUCAAAAAUAAAUAAAUAAAUAAGUAAAUAUA